UGGAUCCUCUUAGGAGCCCCCAAAACCCCUCCAGGACUCUCACAGACCCUUCAAAUUUUCUCCUGGAUCUCUCCUGCUCCCCCAAAAUGGCUUCAGAACCCACCCAGACCCCCUCCAGGACCACCCCGACCCUUCCAGGAUCCCCUCAAAUCCCUCCAGGACCCCCCAAAACCCCCCCUGACCCCUUUUUCCCCCCCAUUCCUUCCCCAUCCCCGCAGCUACGAGAACAAAUACGUGAAAUUUUUCCGGAGCAAACCCGAACUCCCCCCGGGUUUAAACCCUGAACCGACCCCUCCCCAAUCAUCCCGCGGGACCCCCGGCCGGAACGAAGGCAGCGACCCCCCUCCCGUACCGAGCGGGCUGUCCAAAGCAGCCCGGAGAAACCUGAAAAGGAAGGAAAAAAGGAAACAGGAAAAAGAUCGGGAAAAAGAUCGGGAAAAAGAAAGCGGGGACGGGGACGGACUGAGCGCGGCGCUGGAAAAAAUCGCCGUGAGCGGAGCUGGGGGAGGAGGAGGAGGAGGAGGAGGAGGAGGAGGAGGGGACAGCGACAAAGGCGGCGACAUCGGAGGAGGAGGAGGAGCAGGAGGAGGGACCUCGGGGAAAGGGGAGGGAGGGCAAAAAAACGCGGAAAAUGCCGGGAAUUCGGGGAAUUCGGAGAAAARCCGGCGGAUUAAGAGCUUGAGGAAGAAGCUGAGGCAGGUGGAGGAGCUGCGGCAGCGCCUGGAGGGCGGGGGGCUCCCGCAGCCCACCAAGGAGCAGCUGGAGAAGCUGGCGAGGAGAAAAGCGCUGGAGGAGGAACUGCGGGGCUUGGAGCUGGACUCGUGAUUUUUUUUUGGGGGGGCGGUUUGGGGAUUUUUCGGCGAUUUUUUGUUGAAUUUUCGGCGAAUUUUCGGCGAUUUUUCAGCGAAUUUUCGUUGAUUUUCGGGCGGAUUUUCAACGAUUUAUCAUUGA